GCUGACCCAGCUGGACACAAGAAUGAAGCUUCUGGAACCAUGGAAGUUAGCCCUUAUUAUUCUGGCCGUUGUGCUCUUUAUGGCACUAGUCAUUGGUCUGCUUGUAUAUUUUUUGCUCUUUGAUCAGGAUAUGUACUUUUACAAUGCGACCUUUAAAAUCACUAAUGUCCAGUACAGCCGUGAGUUUGACAAGCACACCUCAAAAGAGUUCAGAGACCUGAGCACAAGCAUCGAGAUGCUGGUGACCAAUACAUUUCGAGCCUCCAUUUUAAAUAAGAAGUACAUGAGGUCCCACGUUGUCAAUCUGAGCCCAGAUGCCAGCGGAGUGUUGGUAAAGCUUGUGCUGAUGUUUGAAUUUGCCUCAAACGAUAACAGAGAGGCUCUCUCGGAAAGAAUCAAGAGCAUUUUGCUUAGGCGGCUGCAGACAAACACAGGGCACUUGGAAAUUGACCCCUCAACUUUUAAAUUUUCAGGGAUGAAGAAGGAAAAUGGAGAACACCUUUUCAACAACUGUUGUGGGAUACGAACAAGUAAAUCACCUUCCUACACGGACAGAAUAACCGGAGGCGUGUCUGCCCAGGAUGGCGAGUGGCCAUGGCAGGCUAGUCUUCAGCUGAGCGGUAUCCAUCGCUGCGGCGCAACGCUGAUCAGUGACACGUGGCUUGUAACUGCAGCUCACUGCUUUAGAGGACAACCGAGUCCCCUUAGGUGGACGGCUAGUUUUGGGACUGUCAUAAGGCCUCCGAAAAGCAGAAGAUCUGUCCGCAACAUAAUCAUUCAUGAAAAAUACACUAAUACCAUUCUAAACCACGAUUAUGACAUUGCUGUUGUGCAGCUCUCCUCCCCCGUGGAAUUUACAAAUGACAUACGCAUGGUCUGUCUCCCCGAAGAAUUUUACGUCUUCCCACAUAACACUACCUGCUUCGUCACGGGAUGGGGCGCUUUACAGAAUGAAGGUCCAAGCAUUAAUAACCUUCGGCGAGCGGAAGUGAAAAUCAUAGGCACGAACAUUUGCAACAGAGCAGAAGUGUACAACGGGGCCAUCACGCCUGGGAUGGUGUGUGCUGGAUACUUGGAGGGGAAAAUAGAUGCCUGCCAGGGUGACUCUGGUGGCCCCCUGGUCACUGAAGAUCCUAGAGGAAUCUGGUACCUUGUUGGAAUAGUGAGCUGGGGAGAUGAAUGUGCUAAAAAAAAUAAACCAGGUGUCUACACUCGAGUGACUUACUAUCGAGAUUGGAUCACCGCAAAAACUGGCAUCUGAAGGAGUCACAAGUGGGUUAAACUGCACAGGCUGGGUCUACAAGCCAGGAACUUCAAAACACUCUUUACCAGUCUUUACCACUCUGUUUACUAUCCAAAGCAAGUGCCGGCUUAGCUUGUGGUGAUAUUCCUACUGCUCAGUGACUCAUCUCUGAACUGAAUUGCUCUGGCCUGUCAGAGGAGAGGAACAGACUCAUUCUAACUUGCACAAGGAGCACAAAUUACUGACUGAUUUACCACUUACGAAAGUGCAUCUACUGCUUCCAGGAAAAGCAGGUUAUUCUGCAUCCUCAGCCCAGGACUGAGAAUAACUCUGCUUUCCACCCUCUGUGCUACUCACCUCCUGCUGGGAUCAGAUGUCUUGGCCACCGUUUUCCAGGCUGGGCAGAACGUCCCCCUGGCUGGAACCCAUCCACGCAAAUCGUCAAUCACCUGCGAUUGAGCCACAGCAUUUCCCUCCAGUUGCCGAGUGCCUGGCCUCCUGCAUUACCCCACCACAGUGGUGGAAAUCAACCAAAGUUUGCUCCAUGGCAACACAGGGCAUUAGCAGUAGGCCACAGCACUUGACUUGAAACUGUACCAUCACUACUGGCAUCCGAACCAUGUUAGAACCAAAGGCAGGUAGCGCUGUCUUCUCCUGCAGCACUACAUGGGGCCGUGUCACUGAGCACUUUCUACUGGAGGAACUCAACCGAUGGUGGUACUCAACCGACGUCCCAGGGAGGCCACUUGUGAACUGGGUUACACCACACACAGAAAUCCUUGGCCAGUGUGUAAUUAACAUUUAGAACUACCCUCCAGCAAUGAGAAACCCCAAAAGAGAGGAACACCCACCUCCAACGUGGAUGAACUUCCUGGGGGAGGAGCUUUGACCCAGGAGACCGCACUUACUGAUCAUGUACAUUAUAGUAGUGCCUAAGACCCAACCAAGAAUAGAAGACAGUCUGUGCCCCAAAGCGGUCACAGUCUAAAUAACCCCUUAGUCUCUCCUCCCUCCCUCCCAUCAGGAAGCAAAGUAGAGUCUGUAUCCCUUUGCUGGGCACCAAUCGGGAUACAGAAAAAUCCUUCCACACCUCAUUCCAAAUAGCCAUUUCUCCUGUGCCUUUUAAAAAAAACCCAGCACUCUGCUUCUCACUACUAUGGAGCAGAGCCUAUACCAAGCACACGUGCUCUGCACUGGGCAUCCCGUGAAUCCCUAUAUCUUCCCCAGUGCCUCACCUUAACUCUUCCUCCUGGGGAGCUGAGCAGCCCUGUCACUUGCUAGAUUGCCAACAAGUUGCUAGAUCAAUGAGGUCCCACAUCCAGCAGUCACCAAUACACACCAAAGAAGAGAGAAAUCAACAGAGGAAAUGCCGGGUUGCAGACAGCUGCAUCCAGUCCCUUGCUACGAGCCACAGCUACCUCAUACACCAGACAAAAACCACAACCUUCAGCCUCAUGCCAAUCCUUAGAAGAUCUGGGGUCAAUGAACCCAUCACCGCGCACAAUCAUCACCAAUAAACCUCCUACCUGCUCUUA